AUGUCUACGCCCUCGACCGCCACGGCCACACUCCCGCCCCAUCAUCAGUUUUAUUCUCACCACCAGACAUACCAGCCCACCAUCUCCAAUGCCCAGAUUGCCAACGGCUCUGCUCGCAUAGGCAACUCGCUCUACAACGGCUACGCUAGCGCUUCCUCCAAUUCAGACCUUCGCCGAAACGCGACUGCCCACACCAGACACCCGCCACAGCUCCCGCCCAUCACACAGGCCCCGCCCAUCGACAUGAGCGCGACCGACCCGGGUUCGGCCCAGCGGCGGCGGAAUCCCGACUGGGCCGACUUCUACAGGAACGGCAUCCCGAAAGAGGUCAUUGUCAUUGACGACGACGAUGAUGAUGACGACGACCCUCAGCUGCCUCCACCGCGCCAGCAGCCGCCGUCUGCACGAGACGCCGCCACAAACCCGUCUGCGCGCCAUACCGACAAGAAGCGCAAGACGACGGCAUCCACGGCAUACGACCCCGUCUACAACCAGCACACCUCUUACUCGACCACCCAGACACCCUACUACGACUCGCCCAACCACUCGCUGUCCACCGACAGGACCACCUCCGCUAUCAACACCACUGCGCCUACCUCGCUGGGCUCACAGGUCAGCAAUGGUCAUCACAUCUCGCCUCUCGACAACAGUGCAGCCGGCCAGAAGCGCAAGCGCACACGCGCCGUAGUACAGGACGAAGCAAAACAGGCCAAGAGACGAGAGCUGGACAAUGACGACCCCUUCAGCUUGUAUCAGCCGCCGCCUAACCCCGUCAUCAAGGCCAAGGAUGUCUAUGUCCAGGUUGUCCAAGACAAAUCCUACACAAAGGAUCAAAAGGUUGAUGAUGAAGACGGCCACUACAUCGUAGUCCCAGAGGCCGAUCUCACAGAGCGAUACCAGAUCACAAAACUGCUUGGCCAGGGCACCUUUGGUAAAGUCGUCCAGGCCUACGACAGACGGAAAGGCACAAACUGUGCCAUCAAGGUCAUUCGAUCAGUGCCCAAAUACCGAGAUGCCAGUCGCAUCGAGUUGAGGGUACUAUCAACACUGGCAUCCAACGACAAGCACAACAUCAACCGAUGUAUCCAUCUGCGGGAUUGCUUCGACUUCAGGAACCACAUCUGCAUUGUCACCGAUCUCUACGGACAAAGUGUCUUUGACUUCCUCAAGUCCAACGGCUUUGUUCCGUUCCCCAGCUCCCACAUCCAGAAGUUUGCGAAGCAGCUCUUCACCAGUGUUGCUUUCCUCCACGACCUUAAUCUGAUCCACACCGAUUUGAAACCGGAGAACAUCCUGCUUGUCAAUAACAAUUACCAGACCUUUACGUACAAUAGGACUGUACCGUCGUCGUCAACAACAGUUAACCGGACAGCGCGGCAUCGCAAGGUCCUCCUUGACCCAGAGAUCCGCCUCAUCGACUUUGGAUCAGCAACCUUCAACGAUGAGUACCACUCUUCAGUAGUAUCAACUCGCCACUACCGAGCGCCUGAGAUUAUCCUCAACCUAGGCUGGAGUUUCCCUUGCGACAUCUGGAGUAUAGGAUGCAUCCUGGUCGAAUUCUUCACUGGCGACGCCCUGUUCCAAACGCACGACAACCUCGAGCAUCUGGCAAUGAUGGAGGCCGUCUGCAGUGGCAAGAUUGAUCGAGACAUUGUGCGAGCCGUCUACAAGCAAGACCGCGGGUCAUCACGAAACUCAUCGAGCUCUGCUGCGCGAUACUUUAAGAACUACAAGCUCGAUUACCCCAACGCGGACACCAACAAGGCAUCCAAGAAAUACGUGAAAGCGAUGAAGAAGCUUCCUGAAACAAUACCAGCGCAUACCGAUUUUAACCGUCAGUUCCUCGACCUACUACGGCGAAUAUUCGUGUACGACCCCAAGAAGCGGAUAACGGCCAAGGAGGCACUGCAACACCCUUGGUUCAAGGAGUCACUCAUGGACGACGGCACCGAAGCGCACAAAAUCCGACUGGAGCGGGAAAAGAAGGCCCGCCGAGCGGAAGAAGAGCGCCGAUUCCGCGAACAAACCCAGCGGGUGUACUGA